AAACUAAAUUCGUUCCUGUGCGGUUGGCCCUUCUGUGUGCCAGUGCCAGACUCAGAGGAUAUCGGUCGAAAAUGGAGGCCGCAGAAUCCGAAGCCGGUGCAAAAAAUCAUUUGACUGAUGUUUUAUCACAAGAGGAAAUUGCAAACUUGUCCAAUCCUGUUGCAGAGAAAAUCAACGCGUAUAUUGAUGAAAAAUUUGGAGAGUACCUCACAGCUAAAGCUCUCCACGAAACAAACAAGACACAGAUAGGUGAUAAAGUUUCGACAUUAGAAGCUCAAUUACUGGAAUUGUCCGCAAAAUAUGAUGAUGCCGCCAAAAAAUUAUCUACAUCUGAUGAAACAAUUACUGAAUUAACUCAACAAGUGGAAUCUUUGAACUCAGAAUUGGAAAAAGCUCGUGAUAAAAUAUUCCGAUUGGAAAAUGAAAUCAUAUCACUCAAAAGUUCUAGAGAUGCUGCUGUUGAUGAAAGAAACGACCUGACAAGAAUAGUGGAAAGGCGCAAUGCUGAAAUAGAAAGGCUUACUGCUAGUGAAGCUGAACUGUCUCAACAAUUGCGUUCUGCGAUUGCCGCGAAAUGUGAAGCUUUAUCAGUUAAUGAUGAAAUAGAAAGUAAAGAACUAGCAUUACAAUUUCGUGAAAAACGAAUAGAGCAGGAACGGACAGUACUCAAUGCCCAAAUUGCAGGCCUAACUGAAGAAGUCAACCGACUCACUUCAGAGUUACAAACAAUAAGAUUAAAUAAUACCAGUCAAUCAAUCAAUUUGGAGACAAAGCUAGCUGAAAAAAUUGAAGAAUUGAGAGCAGCAAAUGAAACAAUAAGUCAGCUUAAUGAUGUGCAGAAAAGUUUAAACACUCGUGCAGAAAAUCUUACACAGCGCUUAAUGGAACAAAGAGAAAUAGAAAACCGGAUGACUGAAAAUUAUAAAAAAGAGCUAGAUGCUAAAAGCAAACUUGCUGACAUAUUUAAAACUAUGCAUGAUGAUGCUGAAGCUAAAACCGUAGAACUGACAGAAGGUAUUACAGAAUUACAAAAAUUACUGAAUGAAGCCACAGAAAAGUAUGGUGUGCUAGAGACUAAAUAUAAACAAGCAGAAAUAGACCAUGAAGAACUCAUGGAUAAGAAAAACGAAAUAAUAAAUUCUUUGAAAAAUGAAUUGGAACAUGCCAAUGAUUUGCUUAAAGCAGCUAAUGCUCAAAACCUUGAUAUGGCUUUGAGUGAUUUAGCACCUUCUGCAGCCACAGCUAGCAAACUUUUGAAAUCAGGUAUGUCUCUGACUCAAAUUUACUCUCAGUUAGUAAAAGUAACUGAUGAACUAACCCAGGAGAAGGAAGAAAAUAGAAAACUAAGCGCCACAAUAAACUCAAUAGUUCAAGAGUUGGAAGAAAAAGCACCCCUGUUACAAAAACAGAAGGCAGAAUUUGAGGAAGCUUUAGAAAGUAAUACUGCUUUAUCUCAGCAAAUAGAUUCUUUAGUUAUUGAAUGUAACAGACUUCGUGAUGAUUAUGGUGAAUCUUCUAAGAUUGCCAAUCACUAUAGUCGUGAAAAUGCUAAACUUAAAGGUGAAUUAGCUGACUUGGGUAGACAAGUGUGUUUCCUACUUAAGGAAAUCGAACAUAGCCGCGGGGGUCUUUUACCAAAUGGUGACCACGAUUCCUCACAAACUGCUUCCAAUACCACAAAUUCAUCUGAUUUAAGCUCAUCACGCAUUAUUUCUAAAACCUUAGUAACAUUCAGUGAUAUUCAAGAAUUGCAGUCUAAUAAUCAGAAGCUUUUACGUAUGAUUCGUGAAUUGACUGAGAAACAAGAAGAAUUUGAAAGACAUAAAGAACAAUUUGAGAGUGGAGAAAUGCAAAAUAAAAUAGACUCUUUGAAAAAUAGAGUAGUUGAAUUAACUGAAGCACAAGAACGCCAGACCAAAAUGGUCAAUGGUCUUAUAAGACAAAGGGACAUGUUUAAAAAGCUUUACCAUGACCACAUGAAGGGCAAACGUCAUGAAUUGUCUACAUCUGAGGCUAUGGAAUUGGAAAAAAGUGGAAUUUAUUCAUUAGAUACCACACAGGAAAAUGUAGUGAAACCUCCAACACUUGAUACAUCCCAAUUUGAAAUCAAAUAUAAAGAAACAGAAAAACAGUUAGAGUUGCUUAAAGAAGAAUAUAAGACAUAUAAAGAAGAAAAAGUCACAAAUGAAAGAAUGCUGUUUGAACAAAUAGAUAACAUGAGACAAGAAAUUGGAAAACUGACUGCUGCAAAUAGCAAGUGUGCCUCAACUUCAGAAUACAAUAAUGAAAGACUUAAAAUAUUGCAAACUAAUAUCACAACCUAUAAAAAACAAAUAACAUCUUUAGAAGAAAAGAACAAAGCUUAUAAUGCAACUAUUGCUAAACAUGAAGUUUCCUUACAACACUUAAGAGACGAAGCUUUAAAUGCUCAAAGUAAACUUGCUGCUGCAGAAAUACAAUUAGAGAACUUAAAACUUGAAGUUAAAUUGGUUAAGGAUGCUGAAUUGCGUCUUCAAACUGAAAAAGAAAUUUUAAAUAGAGAAAGACAAGGCCAGUCGCUGCUGUUAAAAAAUUUGGAAUUGAUUAAAGCUAGUUUGGAGCGAGUUGAGGCUGAAAAUCGAGUGAAGGUUGAAACCAGGUUAGAUGAAACUACCAGAGAAUGUUCCGCAUUAAGAAGAAGAUUGCAAGAAGAACAAGAUAGAUUCAGAGGAUUAGCUGCUCAUUUAGAACUUGAAACAAAGACUGCUAAAGAAAGACUUCAGGAAGAGAAGGAGGCAGCAGAUACAUUGAGGAAAGAGUUGAAUGAGAUUAGGAAAGACUUAGCAGAAAAAAGCAAGGCUAAUGAAGAACUAACAAAGAAACUUAAAGUUGCCCUAUCACCUAAUACUGAUGGUUCUUGUGAUACAGUUAAAAAAAUAAGGAUGUUGGAAAACAAGUUAUCAGAGAACCAAGAAGAAAUAAAAUCUCUUCAAGAACAACUUAAUGUAGCGAAAGAACAUAUAAAACAAUAUUGCGACAUUUCAGAAAGUGCCGAAAAGGAACUAAAAUCUCUACACACUGAAUAUGAAUCUUACAAAAAAGAAACUGAUGCUAAAUUGUCUGAAUAUGCAAAACAACAUCAAAUAUUAGAAGACAAAUGUUCUGAACUUGAAGCUGAAUUAUCUCUGCACGCAAAUGGGGAACAUUCUAAUAGUAAUACUGCUUUGAAAAAUGAAAUAAAUAAUAUUAAAGAUCAGUUAAAUAAUGCUGAAGCAAGCGCAAACACGUAUCGUGCUGAAUUAGACAAUGCGCGUAUCGAGAUGGCUAAGCUGUCGGAAGCUGUUCAGAAUGCUGAAAACAAAUAUACUCAUGAAAUGAUUUUACAUUCCAGUGACAUACAAGUUUUAUCUCAAGUAAAAGAAGAGUUACAAAGAGCACAAAAUCAAAUUAAUGAGCUCACGGCAAUGAAAAAUAGUGCUGUAGAAGCUUUAGAAACUGAAAAGAAAUCAUGGCUUGACAGGCAAAAGAUAUUGAUGAGUGAAAAUGAGCAACUAAAUGAGCGUUUGAAAGAUCUAAAUGAUCAAAAUGCUCUAUUACAUGACCAAAUACAAGCUUUAGGCACACAGUUGUCUAUUACUCUUGCGUCUAGAUCACGAUCAGAGAGUAUGAAUGAGUCAGCAAAUGAUUCUACUAUGAACAUAUCUGUAAGUGAAGAAGAUGGUAAAUCAUCUGAACAAUUACUUCAAAUUGUGAAGUUUUUAAGAAAGGAAAAAGACAUUGCUAUGGCUAAAUUUGAUAUACUCCAAGCUGAAACUAUGCGACUAAAAUCACAGUUAGAAAUAGCUGAAAAACAACUUGAUGAUGCCAAGUUAGCUUUAGCGGCAGAAAGAGAAAAGUCUGAAGUCAGUAUGGUAACAGUAAAUAAACAAUCAGACAUUUUGCGAAAGGUUGAAACCCUAAAUGCUAUAACGGACAGCAAUAGGGGCUUAAGAGAAGAACGCGAUCUCUUAUCUACUCAAGUCACAGAGCUUACAGCUACAGUGAAAGAAUUGGAAGCUCAAUUACCAACAAUGCAAGAAAAGAUUUCCGAUUUGGCAGCGAAAAAUGAAACCUUGGUAUCUGAAAACAAUUCUUUAUCAGCUGACUGUGCUAGAUGGCGGACCAGAGUAAAUGCAUUAGUCGAACGUGCGAACAAGACAAGCCCUGAAGAUUGGAAACGACUGCAAAACGAAAGAGAAACUCUCGCGAAGAUGUUAACAACUGAGAAAGAAAAUGUUAGAAAAUUAAAUGAAGAACUUAGCUCCAUAAAGGUAGAAAAGUCAAAGAUAGAAGAACAAUAUUCUCUGCUAUCCCGACAGCAGAAUAAUUUGGCAGAAGAAAACAAGAAGCUCAAUGAAGAGUUGCAGACUCUUAAAGAUGAUAUGGCGCGUGUUACUGAGGAGGUAACUAAACUUAAGGCUGAACAUUCUUCAAUUGCUUCUACUAAUGCCAAGUUAACUGAAGAUCUUUCGAAUAAAGAAGCAUCUUUAGUUGAUAUACGUAAUAAAGAAAAUCAGAUACGAAAAAUAGCAAAAAAAUAUAAAGCUCAAUAUGAAGAGUUGAUGAAACUAACAGAGGAAGAGAAAAAGAAAUCAGAAGGCGAAGCUGCUGCUGCUGAUGCCGCUGCAACAGAAAGUAAUAAAAAAUUCGAGGAACAGAUUGCAGAACUGCAAGCAAAAUUAGAAACAGAAAAAGCAAAUACUGAGAAGUUAAAACAAGAGCUAGAAGCACUUAGGAGUGCAAACAUGGAAAAAGAGGAAAAGUCUAAACAGGUCUUAAAACAGGCCAAAAGUAAAAUUGUUCAAUUAACUGAACUCAAAAACUCGUUAAGUCGUGAAUUGGAUGAGUCUCGUAGUAAAAUAGGCGCAAUCGAGCAAAGUACGCGUGACGAACAGGACGUAAGGCUUGCUCUUAUAAAAUCACAGUAUGAAGGUCGUCUCUCACGGUUGGAGAAAGAACGCACUGAAGCACAAGCCGAAAAAACUAGAGAGGUAGAGGCGCUUCAUCAAAAGGUUACCAUGCUUCAGCGUCAACUGGCAAGUCAAGCUUCUUCAGCCAAGCAACAAACCACAACUGAAAAAACUACUUCCGAUCCACCAACCGCUAAUAUUAAACCUAUGGCUGGUGUAGCCCAGCAGAGCGUGACGGCGAGCCGGCGCGGCGGCGAGACGCCGCUGGCGUCCAUCCGGCCGAUGGCGCAGGUGGGCCCCACGGCGCCGCACGACGCGCACACCACGGAGUACAUGCCGGCCUCGUCCUCGCGCCCGCUGCCGCGCGCCGCGCUCGCCGCCUCCACCGCGCCGCCCGAGUCCACGCAGGAUAUGGACACUAGUGAAGCUGGCAUGGGCAGUUCCGGUACUAGCGACAGUAGCGCACAACCAUCUUCACAUUCACAACCACCUCAACAGGCAGUUGCAAUGGUGAUGCCUCGCAUUGAACAACCCAGUGUAGUAGCGUCCGGCAGCGUCACAGGUGUAGCCGCAGCAAGCUCAGCAGCUGCGCCCAGUGUUCCAACUGCAGCCGCGUCUGCACCCAUUACAGGUACACCAGCAGGAACCUCAACCUCCGGCGCUUCACAAGCGUCGGGAAGCGUGAGCACGUCUCACGCACCUCCGGGUGUGAGCACGUCGCAGUUAGUGGCGGGCGUGAGCACGUCGCACGCGCCCGCCGGCGUGAGCACGUCGCAGACGCCGGCCGGAGUGAGCACGUCGCACCCUCCGGCGGGCGUGAGCACGUCGCAGGCGCCAGCCGGCGUGAGCACGUCGCAGCCGCCCGCGGGCGUGAGCACGUCGCACCCGCCGCCCGGCGUCAGCACCUCCCACGCGCCGCCCGACGCGCGCCCGCCCAAGCGCCGUCUGCAGCAGCGCCCGCUGGCAGCCAAGAGAACAAGGGUACAAGGUUUCGAACGGUCAGUGGAAGUGGAAUACCAAGUACCAACAUCGUCCCGCUGUGAUCAAGAUGACGAGGGCGUUAUUGUCGUAGACUCGGAAGAAGAUGACGAGCGAUGCACGGGCACUAUGUAUAGGGAAGGAGAGGAGGAUGAAGACGAUAUAGAUGAGGAGCAAGAGGUUGAGGGAGGCGAAGAAGAGGAGGAAGUAGAAGGAGAUGAUGCCGAAACUGCAGCCCGACAGGAAUCUCCGGCGCAGUCCCCGUCAGAGGAGCGCGCGGCCAGCGGCGCGGGCGCGGCCGAGCCCGACAGCGACCCCGCGCCCGCCAUACAGCAGAUAGAGGCCAUCAGCAGCGGCACCGAGCCGAGCGGAACUUUAUCUUUGGGCGGUAACGGCGUCGAUGACGGGGAUGAUAGCAUAGUCCCGUCCACACCUACACUUUAUGUACCGAGACGUAACGACGGGUUCGGCGAGGCGGUGGUGUCCCCGCUGGGCGGCGGCGCGGGCGGCGCGCGCUUCACGUUCGCGGAGGCGAGCGCGGCGCUGGCCACGCACCACGACACGCACGCCGACCUGGCCGCCGCGCUGCCGCCCGCGCCGCCGCAGGCCCCGCAGCCGCCGCUCUCCGACUCGCGUGCGAGUGAAGGAGGAGAAACACGUGAAUGGGAGGAGUCACGUGUGGAAGAAGAAGCGACUGCCGUCAGUUCACAGGGUAGUGAACCAUCAUCGCCUCACCAACAGGUAGCGGAAGAGGGCCGUGAAGCUGAAGCGAGUGCACCGACUGGCGUAGCGCGACGAGCCCAAACGCAUGCGCACUCGUCACAUUCGCCACACUCGCAAAACCAACGAUGGAUGCGCGCGGCAGAUAGCGAAAGUGGAACACGUGGUCGUGGCAUGCGAUCUCGGGGACGACCUUCCAGGAGAUCCCAUAAUUAUAUGAGGUUCUAAGGUGUCUAGUUUUAAGUAAAUCCAACAUUCAAUUGUAUUUUAAGUCUUAAUUGUCUUUCAUGUAAAAUAAGCAUAUGGUAAUGUAGUUAUUUCAGCAAGGGUCUUCUGACAUGAGGGCUGUAUUUUUUACAGUUUAAUGGUGGGCAACACUUAGUUCGUUUCCAAAUACAUCAAAAAAAAAAUUUAUUAAAUGACUUUUAAUUAGAUCCGUUUUAUUUAGGUUGUAUUAUAUUUGCGAUAUUAUAAAAACUUAAUAUGUGCAUAUACAUUUUCUCUUGGCCCUAAACAGUUGUUUGCUUGCAUACAGAAGUCACCUUAAGUGUUCCCUUUUUUGCCAAAUUUAUUUAAUCAUCGUUGCCUGGCUCUACUGAAAUAAACAACUACAUUGUAUCUUUUUAAUCCACGCAAUAAAUUUUUUUUUUGCAUAAAAGGGUUUCAGUUUCACUUUUAUAGUGUACGAAUUUGAGAUCAUUGAUGUAUAGAGAAUGCUAUGCAACUAUUAGGUUUUUUUUAAUGUCUCAUAUUUCUGUUAACUUUAAGUCAAUCUAUAUCUUAAAAAAAUCUAUUUCCAUUAAAAUAAACGGAAAAGGUCUCCACAUGGAAAAUGUCUAUGCUGAAAUAGCUAUUCGUAAUAAGAUGUAGUGAAAAACACUUCCAUACUGGUUGUAUUUCUAUUAUAUUAAGAAACAUUUAAAAAUGGCUAUAGCUAAAAGGAAAAACCUAGACUACACUUUAUAAUAAAUAGUUUUUUUCAACCUUUAUAUUAUAUAAAUAAUUAUGUAAGUCAAAAUAAACACAUAUUCAAUAAAAAAAUAAUCAUAGUAAAAAAUUCAGUGUUAAGUAGAUAUGGUGACAAAUUCAUCAGUAUCAUUUAUUGGAACAGAUGUUAAUUAAUAUUAGCAUUUUGGAACACAAAUUUAGCACCGUCAUUGUUACAGUUAACAUACCUACUUAUAAUAAGUGAAUAAACUAUUUUCUCAGUUUCGUAUACUUACAUUAAAAUAAUUUUAUUCAAAUUCUCUAUAAUCCUGCUACUUGACUUAAGCUUCAAAUGCUGAUAUACAUUUAUUAUUUCUGUUUAUAAACUUAUUGAACUGAUAAAUAAACAUAAGUAAAAUUA